AUUCCCUCCACCCAGAGCCUUGAGCUGAUCUCCGUUCGACUGGUUAGAAGGCGGGAAUAAUCCGGGCAGUGAUGUGAAUAUGUCCUAUGCUACCUUCUCGGCCUUAACUGCUCUACGGAACGACAACAUUGGGGUAAUCACAUUCCCGAAGGAGAUACACAUGGGAAUGGCUUCACGUGGUCUCCGAGAGAGGCAGCGCCCCGCACCCGUACAACGUGUCCCAACCUGCUGCCUUCGGACCAGCCUGACUUCGAGACUGGGGAUAUGACACUUCGCUAAGCAAAAAGACUGUUUCCGGACUAGCGACAACUGUCUCCUUGCGGGGGAAGCAGAGAGAGAGACGGGGGGAACAAGAUCGAGAGAUUUAUAAAUCAACCUGACUCUAACGGUGGGCUUUGGAAACCAACUGCUCCCGGCAACUGCCCGCCCAAGACCGGUGUGGGAGCGCGGAUACCGCAGCCCGAAAUUUCACACGUAGGUAAAUCCCGCACAGUGGAGCCGAGAGGAAAUGUUGGGAAAGUGUUGUGGCUGAAGUCCUCCCGUCCUUCCAGGUGGCCUGAGCGGGGUGGUGCAGGGAGGGACCGGCUGGUGGCAGGGAACGGGGCUGGGGCGAGACCUCCCCACCACCCCACCCCACCCCUGGAAGUUGGGUUGAUGAGUGCUCGGGCGCCGGCUGCCCCUGGCAGAGGGAGUGCGCCGGGGCUGCGAAUCGGCGGAUGAUGGGCAGCGCCGGCGCCCGGGGCUGCGCUCUCCUGCACCUCAACGAAGACAACGGGCGCUUCGUGCUGCUCGCCCUGCUCAUCGUGGCUUACCUGCUGUGCGGCGCCGCCGUCUUCUCGGCCAUCGAGCGGCCGACCGAGCUGGAGGCUCGGGCCAGGUGGAACCGGACCCUGCGCAACUUUGCCGACAAGUUCGACAUCGCCGGCGGCGAGCUGAGCGCCUUCCUGCGUGACUACGAGGCGGCCAUCGCCGCGGGGAUCCACGCCGACACCCUGAGACCCAGGUGGGACUUCACCGGAGCCUUUUACUUCGUGGGCACCGUGGUAUCCACCAUCGGUUUUGGCAUGACAACUCCAGCAACUGUGGCAGGAAAAGUGUUUCUGAUAUUUUAUGGCCUCCUCGGAUGCGCGGGAACCAUUCUGUUUUUCAACCUCUUUCUCGAGCGCAUCAUUACCCUGCUGGCUUUCAUCAUGAAGGCGUGUUACCAGAGGCAGCUGCAGAAUAAAGGCCUGCUGCCCCCCAUCAUUGGCCGGCAAUCUUCCCUCAUGGAUGUGGCCAGCUUGACUGGGUGGAAGCCAUCUGUUUACUACGUCAUGCUGAUCCUUGGGAUUGCUGCCGUUAUAAUCUCCUGCUGUGCUUCUGCCAUGUACACGCCGGUGGAAGGAUGGAACUACACCGACUCACUGUACUUCUGCUUUGUCACAUUCAGUACUAUUGGUUUUGGGGAUCUUGUCAGCAGUCAGAAUGCAGCCUAUACAAAUCAGGGAUUGUACAGAUUUGGUAAUUUUGUAUUCAUACUACUGGGGGUGUGCUGCAUCUAUUCACUCUUCAAUGUCAUCUCCAUUGUGAUCAAGCAGUUCCUCAACUGGUUACUGAAGAAACUAGAAUGUAGUUGCUGCCCCAGGUGUCGGAGGGGAAAGAUGCGCACUGGACGCCGCAAUGCGAUCACGCCAGGACAAUCUCGAAUCCGCAGGAGCCACACCUUGGCAGAAACAGACGGGCCAUUUGACAGUGAUACGGAGGGAAGGAGGCUUUCUGGAGAAAUGAUCUCCAUGAAGGACCUGACUGCCUCCAACAAGGUGUCACUUGCCAUCCUGCAGAAACAGCUGUCAGAAACUGCCAAUGGUUAUCCCCGGACAGUUUGUGUCAACACCAGGCAGAAUGGCUUCUCAGGAGGGGUGGGAGCUUUAGCCAUCAUGAAUAACAGGUUAGCAGAAACCAGUGAAAGCAGGUAAUAAGUGAAAGGCAUCACCAGCAAUCAGGGUGGUCGGACUUCAUUCAACAAGUAUAUCAGCGGCCACUCAUCCUUGUGUCUACCACAGCGCAGCUCCAUGAUACCCUGAGAGAGUCAUUACAUCUCAGUCCACAUACACUCCAUCGUCUGAGGCUACCUUAGAGUUUCUCUCCCAACCUAUGGGGUAUAUCCUGUAACUAAUUGCCUUUUUGUUGCUCGCAGUAUUUCCUGGAAGGAUUAAAUGUUUCCCUCCAAUAGGUGAGAAUUCUCAGUUCGAUUAAGAUUGGACCAACUUGUUCAAGGUUCUCCAAAUCUUCAACAUCUGACUUUUUCAUUAUUAAAGAAAUGUGCCUGACGAGGAAACUCUACUUCGUAUUUAAAGUAAGAUGCAACACAUAUUGAAUGCCUGUA